AGCGGGUCGUGCGCGCUGAGGAGGAGCCGCCGCUGCCGUCGCCGUCGCCGCCGCUGCCGCCACCGCUACCGAGGCCGAGCGGAGCCGUUAGCGCCGCGUCGCCGCCGCCCGCCCGCCCCGGAGCAGACCCGGGCCCGCCCGCCCGCUUCCAGAUUUAAAAAAAAAUACAAUGUCUAAUGGUUAUGAAGACCACAUGGCUGAAGACUGCAGGGAUGAUAUUGGGAGAACAAAUUUGAUUGUCAACUACCUCCCUCAGAACAUGACCCAGGAUGAGUUACGAAGUUUGUUCAGCAGUAUUGGUGAAGUUGAAUCUGCAAAACUUAUUCGGGAUAAAGUAGCAGGACACAGCUUGGGCUACGGCUUUGUGAACUACGUGACUGCAAAGGAUGCAGAGAGAGCGAUAAACACGCUGAACGGCCUGCGGCUCCAGUCAAAAACCAUUAAGGUGUCGUAUGCUCGCCCGAGCUCAGAGGUCAUCAAAGAUGCCAACUUGUACAUCAGCGGGCUUCCAAGGAACAUGACCCAGAAGGAUGUGGAGGACAUGUUCUCUCGGUUCGGGCGGAUCAUCAACUCCCGGGUCCUCGUGGAUCAGACCACAGGUUUGUCCAGAGGGGUUGCGUUUAUCCGGUUUGACAAACGGUCGGAAGCAGAAGAGGCAAUUACCAGUUUCAAUGGUCAUAAACCCCCAGGUUCCUCCGAGCCCAUUACAGUGAAGUUUGCAGCCAAUCCCAACCAGAACAAAAACGUGGCGCUGCUCUCCCAGCUGUACCACUCGCCAGCUAGGCGGUUCGGAGGUCCCGUCCAUCACCAGGCGCAGAGAUUCAGGUUCUCCCCUAUGGGUGUAGAUCACAUGAGUGGGCUUUCUGGUGUCAAUGUCCCAGGCAACGCUUCUUCGGGCUGGUGCAUCUUCAUCUACAACCUUGGUCAAGAUGCCGAUGAGGGAAUCCUCUGGCAGAUGUUUGGCCCCUUUGGUGCAGUUACCAAUGUGAAAGUGAUUCGCGACUUCAACACCAACAAGUGCAAAGGCUUUGGUUUUGUGACCAUGACAAACUAUGAAGAAGCCGCGAUGGCCAUAGCAAGUCUGAACGGCUACCGCCUGGGGGACAAAAUCUUACAGGUUUCCUUCAAAACCAACAAGUCCCACAAAUAACUCGCUCAUGCUUUUUUUUGUACGGAAUAGAUAAUUAAGAGUGAAGAAGUUGAAACUUUUUUGUUAGUGUACAACUCAUUUUGCGCCAAUUUUCACAAGUGUUUGUCUUAGUCUAAAUGAGAAGUGAAAAGGUUUUUAUACUCUGGGAUGCAACCGACAUGUUCAAAUGUUUGAAAUCCCACAAUGUUAGACCAAUUUUAAGUUUCUUAAGUUAUUUCCUUUAAAAUAUAUAUUAAACAGAAAUCUAAGUAGACUGCAUUGACUAACCAGUCCCUCGGGAUGGUGGUGAAACUGAAGCAUGCUUUAACUUCUGAGACUGUCUAACACGCGUUUCAUUCGAUGUCUCCACAAACUGGAUAGAAACAAACAAAAAGAAAUGACCUUUUAGUUUUAGUUUUUAAACUAAAGAUGUUAGACA